UGAUCGUGACCGCCGCGCGCGUGCGCGAGACCCCAAACAGCGCCAGGCAGCCCUGGACCGUGGGUCGCGCGUUGCCGGGGUAACGGGUGGGAUCCCAGCUCGGGUAGGGGCAAGCCGUUCGCGGCGGCGGCGCCGAGAGGGCGGGAAGAUCGAGGCCGCCGGGAGGCCGUCAUGGAGCGGCUGACCGUGUCCCCCGGGGCCGCCGCCGCCGUGGACGAGUACCUGGAGUACAGAAGAAUUGUUGGUGAGGAUGAUGGAGGGAAACUUUUCACCCCUGAAGAAUAUGAAGAGUACAAAAGUAAAAUUUUACCAGUGCGAUUACGGAACAGAUUAUUUGUGAGCUGGCGAUCGCCCCUGGGCAUAGACUGUAAGCUUAUUGGCCCAGAAACUCAGUGUUUUUGUACACACAGGUAUAAACAACAACAACAUAAAACUGACUUGGAAGGGAUCCCACCAGAACGCCCAGUUUCCCUGCCUUGCAAAGUGAACCAAUGCCCCUGUAGCUCUUUCUGCUACGUGCCCAUGAGUGGAAGUCGACCGAUUCGGUGCAAGUGUAAGCAUUUUGCUGACCAGCACAACACAGACCCAAAUCGGGUUUGCAGAACAUGUAACAAAUGCCCGGGAUUUCAUAGCUACUUUACCUGUAGUUGUGGUCAUCCCGCAUAUACACACGAGACAGUAGUAGAAACUAAAGAAGAGAGGCUGGCCCUGGGAAAGCCCGUGGGACGGGACGUUCCUUAUGCUGCAAUGGGAGGACUGACAGGCUUCAGUUCACUAGCUGAAGGCUACAUGAGACUAGAUGACAGUGGAAUAGGUGCACCUCCACUUGAAAUUUCAGAAUCUCCGAUUACUGCUGCAGACCACCCAUUACUAAGAGCAUUUCAAGAGCCGUCUAGCUCUGCUCAAGGUGCAAGUAAUCAAGCAUCUUCCUUAAGGAGACCUGAUGAAGAUGAUAUGGCUUACUUUGAAAGGCGUUACCAGGAAAGGCUUAAAAUGGAAAAGGCUGCUAAGAAGAAAGGAGUGGGGGCCUUGCCAUCCACAACAUAACAUUAAGGAUGGAAGGAAGGGAUCGACCGCCAUGAUGAAUAAGUGUAACUACAGCAGAUAGAUACACUUCCUUGCUCUGUGGAAUACUUGGCCUGCAUUAAAGUACAUCCUUAGCCUUUCUUUGGGCUCCUUUGUGGGAGUCAGGUUCCCUUUGCCAAAAUGAACAUGAGGUGGUGUGUACUUAUCCUGGUCCCUCCCACCUACCUCUUUCUUUUUCACUUUGGGUUAUACUCCUACAUGAAAGGGUUAGGGGGCUGUCUAAAAGUAGAACAGAAAGUUUCUGUCAUAUCUUUGGACUAAUCCUUUUCCCUCUCGGGAGAACAGAUGCUGAAGUGGCAACGUGGCAUUUCACGAGUAUGUAAAGCUUCGCAGGUUUCAUGUUCAGGGUAAAAAAAAUCCAAACCUUAUGGAAAAUGUCUCCUAGGUUAGUUGAGUUAGAGUCCUUCAUUCAUUUAUUAUCAUAUUAUAUUACGUAGGAGUUUGCCAUUUCUCUAAAGCCAAUGUAUAUGCUAACAUGUAAUGGUCUUUAGGCACUUGAGUCCAAAUUUCUCUGUCGCUGAGAAAUGAGGGAUGCAGACAGAUGCAACCAGUAAGAUGAAAUAAAUAACUGAUCCUUAAUGAAGAUGUGUUCUUUCUGGUCGCAGAAUCACGAGGCGGCCUAAAUGUGCCCUUUGAUUGUCCCCCUCAUGUGCCCAUCUGAUUUUGAGGCCUGUUUGUGCUGGCAGGCUCUGAGGUUGCUGACAGCUUUUAGUAGAACAUCAGACACAUUUCAGAUACCCAUAGGGCUGGAGGGGUACAGCUUGGUUUCCAAGAUCACAAGGAAGCCAAUGGAAGUCUGCUGCCUCUUCCCUGGUGGGUAAGGCACAAUCCUCCUGCAUUAAGUUGGCAUCAGAUAGGUACAGCUCACAGAUGAGGGAGAUGGCAAAACUGAAGAGCAAACUUCCAAGCUGGAGAAAGAGAAGAUUAAAAGUACAUUUUGAUAGUUAGAUUUGCUGAGUGGAGCAAAAAGUUGUCUCUAAAAUACAUCACCAGUAACAUAUUGAGUGCUAUUUCGUCCUGUCAGAUUGUGGCCUUUUGGACCCUCUAUGUGGGAGGCCUUCAGUCACUGGGAAUGAUGAGUCAGUUUUGUUUUGUUUUUUCAGCUCUUAGGCCUUUAUAUAGCUAGUGGGGAGUUGAACCUUCUUCAGUACAUCUUACUGUUAGUUAUGAGAAAAUGACAUGAUAAUAAUGACUCACACUUACCUAGAGUUUUGAAGUUCAGAGAAUGCUUUUCUCCUGACAACCUGGUGGGCCAAGAGGUUCGGUGAUUUCUCUGAGGUCAGACAAGGAGAAAGUGAGGUGCUUGAAGGUGCUAAGCUUCUUCACCUUGGUCACUCUGACCUCAAAUCAAGCUUUCCUUCUUCCUCUGCCUUGGCAAGAAAGCACUUUGGAACAGUAAAAGUAGCCGGGGAGAAGUAAUAAUGUAUAACAUAAUUAUAGUUAAACACUGAUGUUAUUCCGAGCUUUGCUACAAUGAUUUUUAUCACAUGCUUAUUACUGUAAAAAUGGAAGUAUUUACCUUUUGACUAAAACUUUUUCAAAUAAAAAAUGAUUUGGUUACUAGUUUAAAUAGUAAAGAAUUGUUUAAUAUGUUAAAUUGCUGAUUUUAAUAGGGCCAGAUGUAUUUUUUCCUGUUAAUAAUAACAUCUUUCUGUCACAGGGUAAUUUUUCGGUAAGGAAAGCAAGGGAAUCAUUCACUGCAGCACUGAGCACGCCCAGCCUCCUUAAUC